GUAGCCUGAGGCUGAGGUGGCAACAUCUCAGCCAGCAUGGAACUACCGCAGAUGCCGGAGCUGAUGGGACUGUCAUUGUUGCUCGGGCUGCUGGCCCUGGUGGCGACGGCGGCGGUAGCGCGGGGGUGGCUACGCGCAGAGGAGGAGAUAUGCAACCGGUCCGCCGGCCAUAAAGCAAAUGGCUUGCCACUUGACAAGUCCUUGAAAUUGAAGAAACAGAAACAGCAACAGCGUAUUCGCAAGGAGAAGCCUCAACAACACAACUUCACCCACCGCCUCCUGGCUGCAGCCCUGAAGAGCCACAGUGGGAGCAUAUCUUGCAUGGACUUUAGCAGCAAUGGCAAAUACCUGGCCACCUGUGCAGAUGAUCGAACUGUCCGCAUCUGGAGCACAAAGGACUUCCUGCAGCGGGAGCACCGCAGCAUGAGAGCCAAUGUGGAGCUGGAUCAUGCCACGCUGGUGCGCUUCAGCCCUGACUGCAGAGCCUUCCUUGUCUGGCUGGCCAGUGGAGAAACCCUCCGUGUCUUCAAGAUGACCAAGCGAGAGGAUGGCGGAUAUACCUUCACAGCCACCCCAGAGGACUUUCCUAAGAAGCACAAGGCACCUGUCAUCAACAUUGGCAUUGCUGACACAGGAAAGUUCAUCAUGACUGCUUCCAGUGACACAAUUAUCCUCAUUUGGAAUCUGAAAGGUCAGGUGUUGUCUACCAUUAACACCAACCAGAUGAACAAUACGCAUGCUGCUAUAUCCCCUUGUAGCAGGUUUGUGGCCUCGUGUGGCUUCACCCCAGAUGUCAAAGUUUGGGAAGUCUGCUUUGGGAAAAAAGGUGACUUCCAAGAAGUCAUACGAGCCUUUGAACUGAAGGGCCACUCGGCAGCUGUCCACUUCUUUGCCUUCUCCAAUGACUCCCGAAGGAUGGCCUCUGUCUCCAAGGAUGGUACAUGGAAACUGUGGGACACAGAUGUGGAAUACAAGAAGCAGCAGGACCCCUACUUGCUGAGGACAGGUCGCUUUGAAGAGGCAAGCACCAUACCAUGCCGCCUGGCACUUUCCCCUGACGCCCAGGUCCUGGCCUUGGCCGGUGGCAGCAGUAUUCAUCUCUACAAUACCCGGCGGGGUGAGAAGGAGGAAUGCUUUGAGCAGGUCCAUGGAGAGUAUAUCACUGACUUGUCCUUUGAUAUCACUGGCCGGCUUCUGGCCUCCUGUGGGGACCGGGCAGUGCGGCUGUUCCAUAAUACCCCUGGCUACCGGGCAGUGGUAGAGGAAAUGCAGGGCCUCCUGAAGCGGGCCUCCAAUGAGAGCACCCGCCAGAGGCUGCAACAGCAGCUGGCCCAGGCCCAGGAAGCCCUGAAGAACCUGGGUGCCUUGAAGAAAUGACUCUAGGAGGAUGUAGCAGGAAGGAUCUGGCCCACUGCUGCCACCACUGCUGCCACUUUUCUUCCCAGCCACUCUCCAGCUGGAAACCUUUUGAAAGGAAUAUCCUGAUUUUUUUUUUAAUGGUGACCCCCUUCCUUUUCCUGUUGAAACUGUUCUUACAUAUUUAGAUUUCUCUUCUUGCUUGUUGUGAUUUCUGGCCUUACUUGACCUCCCAGGGUAAUGACCAAGGUGCUUUUUCCUGGGCCCAAGGAGUGGAAUCUGUCUUUACUGGGCACUGAGGAGAGUGGUAAAUAGAAGAGGCAGGGAACAUGGUCUUUGACCUUGUGGCAGCACAUCCUGACUCCCAAAGAAGUUUGUAAUUGUGCUGCACAUCCUGACACCCAAGGAAGUUUAGGGGAAGUUGUAAUUUUAGGAGGCAAAAUCUAUGCUCAAGUACUAACCAGCAGUGUCGCAGGGAUGGGAGAUUGGGAUGUCUUACAAAUACAUAUCUGUGGUGUGGGUCAGCGAAAUUCUAGUCUUAAUUCAGGCAAAGUAGCUAACACAAUCAAAAAGUAAGGGAUUUCAUUCUGUGCCUCAGUUUUCUUAUUCAUAAAAUGGACUAAAAUCUUUUGACCUCUUCACACAGAUGUCAUGGGGAUAUGAGUGUAAAAAGUCCCUAGAUUUGAAAGAAAAGUAGAAAAGAACAGUAAUAUAUGUUAUCUGUUGACCAAUAUCAUUUAUUAACUACUGGGCAGAAGAGGGUCUUGAACACUGUAGUUUGAAACUAAAUUAGGAAAAAACCCAUCCAUUGGGAAGGUGAAGUUUCUGGGAUCAUACGUUUCCUAUCUGGCACUGCUUUAAGUUGUAUGGAAGAACCAUAGAGUCCCAAAAUGAAGUCUUCUUUUUCAGAAGGUUAUAUCCUGUUGGAGGGGACCUGUUUUUAGUCCAUUAAGUACCUACUCUGCUCAGCACAGCUCAAGGCACUGGAGAUAAGUAGGAAUUAAGACAUGAUCUCUGCCAUCAAAGAUGGCUGGUGGGAGAGUGGUACACUUGUCUAUUAAGUGCUUAAUAGUUAAUGUUAAGUGUUUUUUGUUAGUUUAUUCAUAGCUGUAGAAGACUCAUGUAAAAGUCACGAUAAGAGGAUUGAACCAGGACAGAGGCAAUGGAUGUGAAGAUGAAGUUGAAGGGCUAGAUUAGGUAUUUAGCAGUUUGAAUUUUUGGAUUGGAGGACUGCUUGGAUGUGGGAGGUAAAGGAAAUGAGGAAUCUAGGAAGACUCAAGUUUCGAUUCAUCCAAAAUCAGAUUCUUAUUUCCUUUCCUUAAAACUGGGUGGGACCUCCCUCAUUCACCCCCAAUUCACAUAAAUGUUUGAACAAGCCAUAGCCUUGGAGUUAUCCUUAAUUACUCCCUUUUAUUACUUCCUCUGUCUCACUACCACUGCUACCAUCCACUUCAGCAAAAGAUUUUGGUUAUACUCCAGAUUAUAUUAUAUCCUGAAUGUGCUACUUCUCUCCCAUCUUUUCUUUUACCAUGCUAGUCCUAGCCAUUGUCAUCUACUGGAUAAUAUAGCUUCCCUGUUGGUCUCCCUGCUUCGCUUCUUGCCUCAUUAAGUCACUUUUCCACAUAGCAGAAUGAUCUUUUGAAAAGGUCAACAAGAUCACAUUGUCCCUCGUUAAAACCCCCCCACAGGCUUCCCAUCACACUUGGAAUAAAAUCCAAAAUUCUCACCAUGGCCCAUGGCGUCGCAUGUAAUUUGGUUGCUUCUUCCUUGUGUGUUCUUUUUACCAUUCUCCCAACCACCCCAGCCUUGCUGUUCCUCAACCAAGCCAAGUUAUUUCCAGCCUCAAGGGGGGCUUGGGCCUAUGCUGUUCCCUCUGCUUAGAAGCAGUUUUCUUUUCUCUUGGCUGACUUGUCAUGCUUUUCAUAAUUCAGGUCUCAGUUUCAAUUACACCUCAGAAAAACCCUCCCUCACCACCCAAACUGAAGUAGCCCUCUCCACCAAUCACAUCACGUCCAUCAUAUUGGUGCAUUUUAUUUAUUUUGUACAUCUUAGUGCUAUCUGAAAUUAUCUUGUUUGGAUAUGUUUGCUUCGGGGGUUUCAGUUUAAAUGCUUAUGGAUAUCAAAUGGGUAAUGUAAAUGCAUGAAUUAUGUGUCUUCUAGGUGUAAGACAGUAGGAAGUGGUAGGGAUGGAAGUGUUCUCUAGAGGGCAUGUGCCCUGGGAAAGGGGCAGGAGUGGCUGCUACUUAUUAUUCAGGAUCCAGCAGAAGUUGCCUGUUUCAGAGAAGCUAGAAGUUGGCAAUUUGUUAUAAAAAUAAAAAAAGUAAGCACUGUGUGGACCAAACAAAACACUAAUGUGGACCAGAUGCAGCCUACCAGUCUCUUAAUUGGCAUCUUCUUGAUUGUUCAUUAACCCACUGGAAUGUGAAUACCACAGAGGCAGAAUCCUUAUCUUUCUGAUUUGCUCUGUAUUCCAAGCACAGUACCUGGGACAGAAAAAGCCCUCAAUAAAUGAACUCAAGCCAUGUCAUUUGACAGAAAUUUCACUACCCUCUGUGAGUAUCCUCCUACUCUUGCUGUCCACUGUUGUUUCAUGUUUCUAAUAACAGAUUUAUGAUUGAUGCCAUGGUAAUGCUAUGCACAUGGGUACUGGUGAAUAUUAGCUUUCUGAUUGUCAGGAGAAUGGGACUAAAACUCUUCCUUGUAUAUCUGCUUGGCACUGGCCUUACUCAUUGUGAAGUGACCAUAGAAUGUUGAGUUACUGAAGUCACAGGUCUUCAGUUUUGGUUUCAGCUACAUCACUGCUGAUUUCAAGAGGUUCACUGACUGAUUUGAGACCUUGAGCAGAUAGACCAUUCGACUGCCCUGAGUUUGUUUACUCAUCUGUAAAAUGUGAAUAAAUACUGUCCUGUGUUUCUGACGGCUGAGUGAGAGCAUUACAAAAAAAGUCACUACAGAGACUGUGAGGACAGAAAGUUCCUUUCACUAAAAGUGAGCCUGCUUCUCUCGCAAGUGUAGGGAAGAUAUCUGGAUAUUAACAUAGAACAGAGGCUGCUGUGUUAUUUUCAUCAAAAAUCCUGUGUAUGAAGGCAGCAUAAUAUUUUAAUAUUACUAUUUCAACUUCUGUGAGUUUGCAAUUUUUCAAAAUAAAAAGUUGGGGAAAUAUUAAAAAUGGUGGUAUGUAGCCUAUUUUAUCAAUUAUCAAAAAAUAUUUAAACCACAGUGUUCAUCAAGGUAAUAACAUUCAUAUUUAAAUGAUUGUUCUUUAAUUAGAGAUCAUAGGAGAUAAGGAGGAAGCACAUACUAAUGUGAUGAGUUAUCAGUGAUGGUAGGUUAUUUCAUAUA